AUGGAGUACCACGCUGUGCCGCCCGAGGAGCGCGCACGAGAUGAGAACGGCAACCUACUACCCUGGGGUUAUGUCUAUAAAGAUGAAACUCGCAACCCCCGCCGACCAGUGGAAGAACAUGGACCCUUUGGCAAGAGGAGGAACGCUCGCUGGGACAACUCCCGAUCUCGAACCCGCACCGGCACCCCAGCCAAACGCGAGAACCCCAACGUCGCAGAAUUUGGCCAGCUAUUUGCCAAGCAGCAAGAGGACGAAAAGGUCCAGGGAAUUCCCAAGUCAACAUCCUCCUCUAGUCUCGACAACCCCCGCAAACAAACCGAGAAGGUCGCGACCGAGUGCAUCCUGCGCGGAUACAAAGCCAAGGACAGCGAGUGGAAGGUCAUCGACAAAUACGAGCGCAUCUCGCAAGGCAUGGUCUGUGAAGAUUACCCUCGCAGCGACCCCAACUCCGCCGUCCAGUAUGGCCAGCUCUUCUCCGGCGACGUCGUCAUCCGCGCCAACCUCUCCGCAGACGCCAAUCGCAAAUCCAAGCGCUACGACGGCGGUUACCACUGGAUCAAGGUGACAUUCGACUCGACACAGGCAGCCGAUAGGGCAUGCUUCUACUCCCCGCAGGAAAUCGACGGCCACCUCGUCUUCUGCGAGCUAUACCAUGGCCACGGCCCGGCGGAGGAUAUCCCCGUCCCCAAGGGCUCGAUGGAUACUUCCAGCUCGAACCAGUUGCGAAACCGUGGACCCCGAACCCUGACAACAGCACACUCGACCGCGUUCCUGAGCAGCAAUGAUAUCGGCCGCGGACCCUCAACCCUCCCUCGAUCCUUCGCUAUGAACAACCUCGCCGGCACGGUCAACGACAGCCUCGAAGAAGAAGAGCUAUCCCUCAACGAAUCAACGACAACCGCCACGUCCGGCACGGCAACGGCAACAGUAGCAACGGCAACAGGAGCUUCAACUAGCUUCGGCGCCUCGCCAACCCUUACCCAACGACCCGUCACCGUCACGACCGGGCCCGCAGAAUCCAAACCUGAAUCCGACUUCAUGACACACAUUCCUACCGUGCGACGCACGAAACUCCGCCCCCUCACCGAGGCCUUACCUCCACAACCAACAAUGACCGAGCGAGUGCUCCGCUCGAUUCCCAUCCUGAGCUGGUUCACCGGCGACAUCGUCGGUGACGGACCCAUGCUCCGCGAAGACGGCACCUUUGACAACGAUAAAUCGGGCGCGUACUGGCGCUUCUGGUAUAUGAUUGAUAUGGUCCUUGGCACGGAUUUGUGCGGGUUGAAGGAGGAGUCUUGA